GUACAUAUAUGGUACAUAAAUUUAUAUAUCGAGAUGUCAACAGCAGAGAGAGGAAUAUAUGUCAUUGGACGAGUGAAUUGGCAUUGCCAAUUGCAGUCUAACGUCGAAAGACGUAUAGCAAACACGUAUAGGAAUGUCGUAGAAAAUCCAAAAAUCAUGAGACAAAUAAUACUUGUUUUUAACCUAUUUAUUGCUUUUGCGUGUGUAAUGGGUCUUAAUGAUGAUAUCACAGAUAAAAUAGCAGAUUCAUUAUCGAUGUCGAAAACGGAUGUAGAAAUCUGCAUGAAUAAAACAAAUGUAAAUAUCAAUGAUUUAAUGAAAAUGGACCAGCUAGUAGAUGACGACAUAAUGACGGCGGAUGUUGAAAAAUCAGCUUUAAAAGUUGGUUGUCUAUUUGUUUGUCUAUUACAGAAAAUGGAUCUGAUGUCAGGUACAUACAUCAAUGUGGAGAAGAUAAAGAACAUAUUAGACUCCAAAAUGCGUCCAAACCACAGGCUUAUCGCUAUGCGCAAUCAAAUUUUGGAUACAUGUUCUAAUCGUGUUAAAAGCAAGGUUGACGAAUGUGAAGUGACUUUGAAAUUCUAUCUCUGUAUAAUUGCAGAAGUAAAGCGUAAGGAAAAUUGGAGAUUAAUGUAGUAACAUGGUAUAUUAAAAUAAAUGAUAUAACAAUUUCUUUAACAUUAUUUAGAAUUUAAUAUAAAAUCUAAAACUUCAGCACUUAUUUUCUUCUACAAAACUUUUCUUGCUACAAACUCAAUAAUUGCUUCUUUAUAAGACUUUAAUUGUUAAUUACCGAAAUAAAUUUUUGUUAAUGUUUUUGUUCUUCCUAUCCAUGCCAAAAAUUUAUAUAAUAUUGUAAAAUAAAUUUUACUAUUAAACCACCAGGC